AUGGCUGCCGCAAAAUACGAUGUCAAAAAGUUUACUAGUACGAAUGACUUUGAAUUAUGGAGAAUGAAGAUGAAAGCAUUGUUGGUUCAUCAAGGGAUGUAUGAGGCUUUGCUAAGAGAAAGUCUCUUCCUGAUUCGAUGUCUGAUAAAGACAAGAAAGAGACUCUUGCAAAGGCUCAUAGUAUUAUAUCUGAAGCAGGCGAUGUAUUCAUUCAAGAUGAUAGAAGAUAAAUCUAUUGGAGAACACAUUGAUGAGUUUAACAAGUUAAUUCUCGAUCGUGAAAACAUUGGUGUCACCAUUGAAGACGAAGAUCAAGCCUUUUUGUUGUUUAGUUCUUUAUCGAAGUCCUUUGUGUACUUUAAAGAUACAAUGUUGUAUGGAAGAGAAUCGAUCACACUCGAUGAUGUGUAA